AUGCCUCUCCGAAGAUUCUCUGGUUGUAUGGGAUCCUCGCCCGACGUCGAUCUACAUCUGACUGUCGGAGUUUGCACGGAACCUAUGGAAGGCCUUCCAAACCACUGGAUCCUCAUGCUCACCGAUGCUGACGCCGAGUACGCAACAUGUUACCAUCCCUUAGGUGGUCCUUCGAGACGCAGACCCUGGGAACUUGUGAUCGAGAGUGGAGAGCGAAGAAGCUGGGACGUCGACCGCUUUUCUUACGCCUCCAAGAUCUCAGUGCGAAAUGCAAGACAGGUAAAGGCUUCUGCUAAAAAAGUUCCAUGUGGGUUUAGUCAAAGGUGGGUUGUGAAAGUGCUCUGGGAUCUGGAGCUGCAGAGAGUCGUUCCUCCUGGUACGGCGAAGAAGAUCGCUCAAGAUGUGGAGGAGGAUCCCUAUGCUGAUGCAUCGCCUAUUGCGGAAGAGCAUGAGGGUUUCCGGGAUCAGAUGUUCGACUGGGUAGAGAAGCAUUGCUUGUCUAGGCUCGGGUCACCUAGACGAUAA